AUGAACAAGAAAAUCAAGAAAAUCAAGAAAAUCAAUGAAAAUGAUACAGGGGCAAGCAUUUUAAAUAAGAAAAUCAAUGAACAUUAUGCAGGGGCAAGCAUUUUAAAUUUGAUGCAAGGCCGUUACCACUUCUGGGUGAAAAUGACACAACCGCCAACAACUCAAGUAGCAAUGUGGGAAACUAUGGUUCGGUGUACGGAAGCAGGCCGCUGUUCCUUUGAACUAGCUCAAGCUGAUGAAUUCAUGCGUGACAAAUUUCCGUUCAGCCUUAAUGAAUCAUUCAGCCAUUUUCGCGAGGACAUUUUCUAUCAGGAUGGUCAAAGAAAGUCAGAGGAAGCUUUAUUUUAUGCCGAGGCGGCACAGAAUAACACAAGUAAAAUGCUCCAACAUUCGACAACUGAAGAGCAAGUCCACUACACUUCAACGUCCAUGGAUUUACCCAAGUUAUCAGCAAGGCCGACCAAGCCGAAUAUGAAUUAAAAGUCCUGUUGGUACUGUGGCAAAGUCACCCUCGUAACUUAUGUCCUGCAUACGGGAAAACGUGUAGCUACUGCCGCAAAACUGGCCACUUUGCCAAAGUCUGCAUGCAGGCGUGAGUGAGGCGUCCAAAGAUAGGAAGGACAAACAGGACCAACUAAGAUUGCUGAACCAAGACCCACCUCGCCCUCCUUCGGAAGAAGCAGUUCAGCAUGAGCAGUGUUUUGUCAAUUCAAACCAAGAGCAACCUGAACAGACCUCAACCACGCAUCAUCCGAAACCAAGUGGAAACAGUUACUUUGUACUGCCGACUCUAUCAAAACCACAAUCGGGCAAGCCUGUUGAUUCCAUUAAAGUCCCGUUUCAAAUUGAUUCGGCUGCAUCUUGCAAUACCCUUCCUGUGAAGCACCUUAUCGACAUCCCAUGGGCAAAUUUCGAGCCAUCUAAUGUAGUUUUGCAACCUUAUGCGAAGCCAUUUAUUCAUCCAAUUGGUCAAAUCAAGCUCAAAGCUACCAGAUCAUCCUAUGUGAAAUUUCCUCACCUUCCAAAUCAUAAACACUGCCCAAUCAGUACUCUUAAGUGUUGA